ACCUUUGGCUUUUCUGGCUUUAUAUAAUCAUUCGUUCACCCUUUAUCCAUCACCACCUAAUUUCCCAACAAAUUUCAAUCUCCAUCGAUCGAUUCCUCCCGAACCCGACCCGAUGGCCUCCGACGCCGCCGCCGAGCCCUCCUCCGGCGUCACCCACCCCCCGCGCUACGUCAUCGGUUACGCGCUCGCGCCGAAGAAGCAGCAGAGCUUCAUCCAGCCGUCGCUGGUGGCCCAGGCGGCGUCGCGGGGCAUGGACCUCGUCCCCGUGGAUGCGUCGCAGCCCCUGGCAGAGCAAGGGCCCUUCCACCUCCUCAUCCACAAGCUCUACGGAGACGACUGGCGCGCCCAGCUCGUGGCCUUCGCCGCGCGCCACCCGGCCGUCCCCAUCGUCGACCCGCCCCACGCCAUCGACCGCCUCCACAACCGCAUCUCCAUGCUCCAGGUCGUCUCCGAGCUCGACCACGCCGCCGACCAGGACAGCACUUUCGGUAUCCCCAGCCAGGUCGUCGUCUACGACGCUGCCGCGCUCGCCGACUUCGGACUCCUUGCCGCGCUCCGCUUCCCGCUCAUCGCCAAGCCCCUCGUCGCCGACGGCACCGCCAAGUCCCACAAGAUGUCGCUCGUCUACCACCGCGAGGGCCUCGGCAAGCUCCGCCCGCCGCUUGUGCUCCAGGAGUUCGUCAACCAUGGCGGCGUCAUCUUCAAGGUCUACGUCGUCGGCGGCCACGUCACUUGCGUCAAGCGCCGUAGCCUGCCCGACGUGUCCCCCGAGGAUGACGCAUCGGCCCAGGGAUCCGUCUCCUUCUCCCAGGUCUCCAACCUCCCCACUGAGCGCACGGCGGAGGAGUACUACGGCGAAAAGAGUCUCGAGGACGCCGUCGUGCCGCCCGCCGCAUUCAUCAACCAGAUCGCGGGCGGCCUCCGCCGCGCGCUGGGCCUGCAACUCUUCAACUUCGACAUGAUCCGCGACGUCCGCGCCGGCGACCGCUAUCUCGUCAUUGACAUCAACUACUUCCCGGGCUACGCCAAGAUGCCAGGAUACGAGACUGUCCUCACGGAUUUCUUCUGGGAGAUGGUCCAUAAGGACGGCGUGGGCAACCAACAGGAGGAGAAAGGGGCCAACCAUGUUGUCGUGAAAUAAGAUGAUGAUUGAUGGCACUGGAUAUCUGGCGAAUGCUGCUGAUUCUGGAUGCAGAAUUCGAUGAGGGGAUUUAGUUGGUUGUAGUAUCUGGCGAAUGCUGCUGGUUCUGGAUGCAGAAUUUGAUGAGGGGAUUUAGUUGGAUUUCAACCCAUAGCAUGCCGAGGACCUCCUAGCUCUUUCCAAACCAGUUGUUUAGGUAUCUUUUCUGGGUAAGUCAGCUUCAUCUAGUUUAGUCUGUCUGAACAAAAGAGUGGGACAUGACCCAAACGGAAUUCUAAUGAAAAACGAGCUCUCUAUCUGCAAUCCUUUUGUUCUUGAGCAAUGGAUGAAUGGCAAACGCUGUAUCUCUUCAUGCAACUCAUUGAAUUCAGGUAGUUUCUGUUAUCGAAUCC